GGCACAGCGCGGGACGGAGGAGCGGCGGCCCCGCGGUGGAUGCGGGAGCAGCGCCGGCUCAGGAAUGCAGCAGCCGGGCGGCGCGGACGGGAGCCUCCCGCUGCUGCUCCCGCUGCUGCUGCUGCUGCGAGCGGGGAGCCGCGCCGAGCCCGGGGACGCCACGCAAGGAGUGAAUUCCUCGGUUGUUGCUGAUUUCAUGCCCACGUCGUCAUGGAACAUCUCAAGUGAAUUAGAUAAAGAUUAUUUCCUGACGCUGGACGAGCCCAUGAACAACAUCACCACCACCCUGGGCCAGACGGCAGAGCUGCACUGCAAGGUGUCUGGGAACCCCCCUCCCACAGUCAGGUGGCUGAAGAACGACGCUCCCGUGGUGCAGGAGCCCCGCAGGAUCUCCUUCCGAGCCACCCCCUACGGCUCCCGCCUGCGCAUCCGCAACCUGGACACCACCGACACCGGCUACUUCCAGUGCGUGGCCACCAACGGCAGGAGGACAGUUUCCACCACCGGCGUGCUCUUUGUGAAGUUUGGUCCCCCGCCAACAGCAAGCCCAGGAUCCUCGGAUGAGUAUGAGGAGGAUGGGUUUUGCCAGCCCUACAGGGGCAUCGCCUGCGCCCGCUUCAUUGGCAACAGAACCAUCUACAUGGAGUCCCUGCACAUGCAGGGGGAGAUAGAAAAUCAGAUUACAGCUGCCUUCACCAUGAUCGGCACCUCCAGCCACCUGUCGGACAAGUGCUCCCAGUUUGCCAUCCCCUCCCUGUGCCACUACGCCUUCCCCUACUGCGACGAGACCUCGUCCGCGCCCAAGCCGCGGGAUCUGUGCCGCGACGAGUGCGAGAUCCUGGAGAACGUGCUGUGCCAGACCGAGUACAUCUUUGCCAGGUCCAACCCCAUGAUCCUGAUGAGGCUCAAGCUGCCCAACUGCGAGGAUCUGCCCCAGCCCGACAGCCCCGAGGCCGUCAACUGCAUCCGCAUCGGCAUUCCCAUGGCCGACCCCAUCAACAAGAAUCACAGGUGCUACAACAGCACGGGCGUGGAUUACCGGGGCACGGUGAGCGUGACGCGCUCGGGGCGGCAGUGCCAGCCCUGGAACUCGCAGUACCCCCACACCCACACCUUCACUGCUGCCAGGUACCCCGAGCUCAACGGGGGCCACUCCUACUGCAGGAACCCCGGGAACCAGAAGGACGCCCCGUGGUGCUUCACCUUGGAUGAGAACUUCAAGUCAGAGCUCUGCGAUGUCCCAGCUUGUGAUUACAAGGACUCCAAGGAGAAGAAUAAAAUGGAAAUCCUGUACAUCCUGGUGCCAAGUGUCACCAUUCCCCUGGCCAUAGCCUUGCUGUUCUUCUUCAUCUGCAUCUGCAGGAACAACCAGAAGUCCUCGUCCCCUCCAGUGCAGAGGCAGCCCAAACACGUCCGGGGGCAGAACGUGGAGAUGUCCAUGCUCAACGCCUACAAACCAAAGAGCAAAGCCAAGGAGCUGCCCCUCUCCGCCGUUCGCUUCAUGGAGGAGCUGGGGGAGUGCGCUUUUGGCAAGAUCUACAAGGGCCACCUCUACCUGCCGGGCAUGGACCACGCCCAGCUCGUGGCCAUCAAGACCCUCAAGGACUUCAACAACCCUCAGCAGUGGGCGGAAUUCCAGCAGGAAGCGUCCCUGAUGGCUGAGCUGCACCACCCCAACAUCGUGUGCCUGCUGGGCGUGGUGACGCAGGAGCAGCCCGUGUGCCUGCUCUUCGAGUACACCAACCAGGGCGACCUGCACGAGUUCCUGGUCAUGCGCUCGCCCCACUCCGACGUGGGCUGCAGCAGCGACGAGGACGGCACGGUCAAGUCCAGCCUGGACCACGGCGACUUCCUGCACAUCGCCGUGCAGAUCGCCGCCGGCAUGGAGUACCUGGCCGGACACUUCUUCGUCCACAAGGACCUGGCCGCCCGCAACAUCCUGAUCGGGGAGCAGCUCCACGUGAAGAUCUCCGACCUGGGGCUCUCCAGGGAGAUCUACUCGGCCGAUUACUACAGGGUGCAGAACAAGUCCCUGCUGCCCAUCCGCUGGAUGCCCCCCGAGGCCAUCAUGUACGGCAAGUUCUCCUCCGACUCCGACAUUUGGUCCUUCGGGGUGGUUCUCUGGGAAAUAUUCAGCUUCGGCCUUCAGCCCUAUUACGGGUUCAGCAACCAGGAGGUCAUCGAGAUGAUCCGGAAGCGCCAGCUGCUGCCGUGCUCCGAGGACUGUCCCCCCAGGAUGUACAGCCUGAUGACGGAGUGCUGGCACGACCUGCCCUCCCGCCGGCCGCGCUUCAAGGAGAUCCACGCGCGCCUGCGCUCCUGGGAGGGCCUCUCCAGCCACACCAGCUCCACCACCCCGUCGGGCGGCAACGCCACCACCCAGACCACCUCCCUGAGCGCCAGCCCCGUCAGCAACCUCAGCAACCCCAGGUACCCCAACUACAUGUUCCCGGCGCAGGGCAUCCCCCAGGGCCAGCUGGCGGGGUUCAUGGGGCCGCCGCUGGCGCAGAACCAGCGCUACAUCCCCAUCAACGGGUACCCCAUCCCGCCGGGCUACGCCGCCUUCCCCGCGCCCCACUACCCCCCGCAGGCUCCCCCCAGGGUGAUCCAGCACUGCCCCCCUCCCAAGAGCCGCUCGCCCAGCAGCGCCAGCGGCUCCACCAGCACGGGCCACGUCACCAGCCUGCCGUCGUCGGGCUCCAACCAGGAAGCCAACAUUCCCUUGCUAUCCCACAUGGCCAUUCCCAGCCACCCGGCGGGGAUGGGGAUGACGGUGUUUGGCAAUAAAACUCAGAAACCCUACAAAAUGGACUCCAAGCAGCCUUCCCUGUUGGGGGACUCCAGCAUCCACGGACCCAACGACUCGGUGAUCUCGGCGGAGUUGUAAAUACGCGAGGCCUUUGUAAAUAGAACCCUCUAGACUCAGACUCGGAAGGGGUAGGAGAGAUUUUUUUUUUUUUUUUUUUCUAUUCAAAUAUUUUAUUGGAGGUCCUUUUCUGGUUGUUGGACAGACAUUGCAGCAAAGUGUCUUCUGUGAAGCUUCACUGCUCGCCAGGAUGGGCAGGCACAACCAGAAGGAUCCUCGUGGUGGGAAUCCUCAGCCUUGGCCACGUUUCUCCAAGUGCCACCAACAAUUCAAAGAGGGGCAGAGGGAAUCUGAGGGGUUUUUUAAAAAUGAAAACAUUUUAUCCAAUGCUUUUUCACAGCUUUUUGAAGCUCCGGCGUGGUUUGAAUCACAGGAACUUUUUUUUAAUACUGAAAACCAUAUUUUAAUAUUUGUCUCUUUUUUUAGGAGAUGCAAAGAUUCAGAGAUCUGGGUGUGCAAUUUCAGUGCCAAUAGGGAAAAUAUUUGUAAAUGUUGCAGUCGAGGAUUGUGUUUCAAAUGUAUGAUCUGAGAGCUGAAUCGAUUACUUCAGGUGGGACUUUGGUCUUUGGUUUGGUUGGGAGUCUGAGCUCAGAUUCAUACCAAAAAAUGUCAUUUGUGUGACAGCACAAAUGCUGGAGUUAUCAGCUUGCAGUCUACAAACCUCAUCUGCUGCUGGCUGCUGAGGACAGCUGGAGCUCUUAAGGAAUUGCCUUAAAGGAAAUGAAAUUAAAGGGCUUUAAUUUCAGAACCUGAAUCAACUUCUUCAAAGAUAGCAUUUCAUGAUCUAGUCGCUCAAGCAGGAAUUUUAUAUCCUUUUGUUGCUAUGCAACUGUGUAAUGGAAAAGCGCCAAACCACAGUUUUAGAGAUGACAAUCAGCUUUCCCAGGAAUAUUUAUUGUGUCAUUUCAGUGACUCUGACUCCAGUAACCCUGGAAAAAGGGAGGCUCACAUUCCAUCAGGCAGCAAAUCCAUCGAUAGCAAUUGUGUCUAAUAAUGUGAAUUAGUGCUGAUUUUCCACUUAGAAAUGCACCAUUUGUGUCAUUAAAGAACCCAUUCAGGUAGAACCAAUCGAGAUUCUUCAUUUGAAACCACUUUAAUGAGUUACACACGUGCUGUGUACGGUACGUUUUCCACAGACUCUUUUUUUUGUACUGAAUAAUAUUUUUAUUGUCCACAAAAACAAUCUUUUUGCUCAGUCGACAAUGUUGUAUAAUAGGACUUUAUUUUUAUCUUUUUUGCACAAAAGUGUGAUGAUGUUUUUUGUACAGCAGAAGUGAAAAUACAUCUCUGCAUUUUAUAUCUUGGGGCUGUUUCUUUUGAUUUUUACCCUGAUGUAGAUGUUCCUGAAAUAUAUUAUGGUGAUACUCAGCCACUACCUUAUACAAAUAUCUUUCUUUGUUUUCACUGCAUGCGUUUAAUCACUGUAUUACUUGAUGAUUGAGUUAUUAAUUACGGGCAUUUCAAUUAGGCAAGCAUGAAAAAGAAAAUGUAAUAACAAAGGCUAUUUUAUAACUGAGAUAUGUGCAUUUUUGUAUUUCACGUGCCAGAGAUGAUAUUAAACACUGAUUAUUUUAUGCUGCUGUUUAUUAAAACA